AUGGCAUGCGGCAUAGUUGUCCUAUCUACCCAUGCCGCUUUCGCGGAUUGGGAUUUGAAGGGCUGGUUGAGCUGGAUUGAGAAAGGGCUCAAGAAACCGGAUUUGCAUGAGCAGCGUAUGGAAGAUGCCCUCCGGAAGAUGAUGAUGGAACACUUCCAGGGAGCCCUACGAUACCUGGCACACCUCCAGGUCGUCGUACUACUGUUUCUCUUGUACCUUGUGCAGCAGAGGCCGGAGUUUGUCACUAUGGUCCAGUUUGUGACGGUCUUGCUUCAUUAUCUCGGCUGCUGUUGGUUGGCGAGAUCACAUCUCACCUUCAACACGCUUCGGCUGCUUGCGCUGGUCGCACAUUUUGCUCACACUUUCUUCGUCGUCACCACACACUUCUCAGAGGAAGCAGACUACAACUUCCCCUCGGUUUUCUCGGCGGCUUUCCGCGUGUUUGGGGCUGCUGUCAUUCACGACCCGCCGGUUCUCAUCCCAUGUCAGACCUGGAUCUGUGCAGUGGAAGUUGCAUGCUACUUGGGACUGGAGGGGACGCGCCGUGGUCCUCUGUGGCACUUUCUCUGUGGUCAGUCUGUCAUUCUCUCCUUGGUAUGCGGAGUUGCAAUUAUGGUCCAGGAGUGGGCGCGAACUUGCAUCAAAGCUUCAUUCCAGUCGGCCGACGCCCAUCUAUCUUUGGAAGGCUUCCAGCGAGUCUUGCGAAGUGUUUGCGAUGCGGAUGUGCUGCUGGAUGAUAGUUUCAAUAUCGUUGGGGAUGACACUCGCUUGAGACGUGUUCUGGCGACCCCCACCAAUCUUAAAGGCAUGAGGUUUAAUUACCGACCUGCUCGACAAUGA